GUCUUGUCCUCUGUGAGAUCGUUUCGCGAUGCCUUCUUUGGCAAGGUUAAAUUGCUUUCUUGAUGCUUACCCGCCCACCGUCAUCAUUCGCGUGCGUGGAUACCCGUUGACUCGGUGGGACUGCCCUUUGCGGCUGCCACUGGGGUUAUCUGUUUCCAUGAUUCUGCGUGCCGAGGAAGGAGGCGCUUGCUAGAUAACUUGCUUGCCAUGAUCGCUGGAUAGUUACUUCCUGGUGCAGCCUCGCCAUAGCUUCGCCAUAGUCUCUUUUCUCUUCAAUCUCAAUCAUGGAGUCGCAACAAUGCAUUCGGGUAGCUAUUGUUGGGUCUGGCAUGGCGGGGUUGGUGACCGCAAACUUGCUGUUACGUGAUGACCGCAAACGGUACGCCGUGAAGGUCUUUGAAUCUGGAAACUCUCUAUCGCUCGACUCUGCCUCCGUAUCGAUACCCAAUGCUGCACGAACUUCAUCAGAUCGCGUUGACCUGCCCAUGCGCGCCUUCGCCGGGGGCUUCUACAGCAACCUGAAGGCCCUGUACGACUACUUGGGCGUGCAGUAUCAUUCACAACCUUUUCUCUUCGAGUUCGCGAGGUCCACCAAUGCGCCAUCGCAACAGGGCGCCCAGCGAGAUGCCACCUACUUUGCGCACGCUUCGAAUCUCCAUCAAUUGGCGCCCCGACCGAGCACAAUAGGCAUCAUCCCGUACUUGAUGGAGUUUGCAUACAUGGCAGCAUGCUACGUUUGGUUUUCACUAUGCUGCUUCCUGGUCGCUACACACCCAGGCGAAACGCUGCAACAAUACCUGGAACGAACGUGGACGCCAGAGCGAUUCGUCACAUACUACCUUGUCCCGCUGAUAUCAGGCGUCACCACGUGUCCGCACAAGACGUUACUCGCGUUCCCUGCAAGUGAUGUAAUCGAGUACAAACGGAGGACACACAAGGCGCCACAUUACACUGUUUCAGAAGGUGUCCAGGCCGCGCAGGAUCGCUUGGUCCGCGGAGUGGAUUACGAGCUUGGCGCUGCAAUUACGGCAGUGGAACCGCAAGAGAAGGGUGUCAAGGUAUCCUGGAAGAAAUCUGACGGAAGCGACGACAGCGUUCAAAGCGAGUAUUUCGACAGAGUUGUCCUCGCCGUGGCGCCAGAUGUUGUUGGUCGGGUGUUUGAGCCGCUGCGCCACCAUAUGACCCGCAUACCGACUGCGGUUGUCGAAAGCGUCGUGCACACUGAUUCGAGCGUUCUUGCCCAGGAACCGCAAAUGCAGAAUGCCGCUGACGCACAUGGCGCCCAACUAAUCCACCUCAACACCUCGACCACCGAUACACAUACAACCGAAUCUCACCAUGUCCAGCCCUGCGGCGCCAUAGUCACGACCUGUCCCUUCAGCCCUAUCGAGCCAUCACUCACAAUUCAUUCGGCAAAGUUCACGCGCGUUCUUAGGAGUCCAGAGAGCCAGCGUAUCGUGAAUGCCAUGUUCCGAGAAACUGAGGAAACUUUUAGCGAUGAGAAAUCUGUUCCGCUUUGGAAGAACGGAGAUGACAAUGUUUGGCUGGUGGGCGGAUGGUGUUGGGACGGCAUGGUUUUACUAGAAGGCUGCGUCAUAUCGGCGAUGCGAGUUGCACAUGCAUUUGGUGUCCAGAUACCCUGGCAAUCAGAGAGAGCAUGAGUAAGACAUAUAGGAUAAACAGUUUAUUUACAUAUCCCAAGUUGAACGUGAUGGAAGGCAUCGAUCGCCUACAUGUUUCUAAAUCCACUCUGGACUAGAAUCCUGAAGAUGCAAUGACUAGG